AUGAAUGAUACUACUGAGCCCCCGGCAAAGCGACGGAAACUCAAAGACGAGUCAAGGCAUCAAUAUGUCACGAUAGUCCAAUUUAGCAAGAAUAUCGACGCCAACCACGCUCAGUCGCUUGAGAUCAAGAAGGACUUGGGCCUGAAGGCCACCCCGGUCGUGCUGAAGGAUGUCCAGCUCGGUGAUGGAACCAUUCGCGGCCAUUUCACUCCUGUGGUCCGGAAGGCUCUGCCAAAUAUCCCAUUCUCGGAAGCUACCUCUUGUGGGGAUUCGGUAGGGGAGGUACUCAGAUACUGCCAUGGACUCGAGUCUAUCCACAAGCGCAAGGAAGAUCGAGUGCCGCUUGUGUGCUCUGAUAUCACCCUUACCCCUUACUUCGACUCAGAUUCAAGACUCAAGGCUUUCCGCCUUAAAGUGAGAAUAUUAUGGCAAGACGCAGCAAUUACUCGCAGCAAGGUGUCGUCUCAACAGCUUGCUAUACUCCACAGAUACCUACGUUCUGACAGUGCAAUCACACGGCCAACAGAAGUCCCAGAGAAAUGGAACCCGAGAGACUUCUAUGAGAAUGUGCAUGUUCCUGCAGAUACCAUCGAAUCGUCCACAGACAUUGUCAACGACCUGAUGUCCUGUCGUCUGUAUCCAUUUCAACGGCGAGCAGUACGCUGGUUACUGAAUCGCGAAGGCGUACAACUAAAUCCUGACGGUCGCAUACAGUCUUUGCAGCAGGAAAUGAUGCCUCUUCCACCGUCCUUUUUCAAGACAUGCGAUGCGACUGGACGAGAAGUUUAUGUCAGUCAAUUACUUGGCUGCGUUUCCACUAACUUGUCGGACUUGCAAGCGGCAUAUCCUGACAUUUCGGGCGGUGUGCUGGCUGAAGAGAUGGGACUCGGUAAAACCGUGGAGCUUAUUGCGUUGAUGUGCUCCCAUAGGAGGAAUCACUCUUACUAUGGCGACAAUGGUGAAGGUGUACCCAAUGAUCAAACCGGCCAGGGAUUGAAGAAGUCAAGGGCGACUCUGAUAAUAACUCCGCCCUCUAUUUUGGAACAAUGGAAAGAAGAACUUGAAGAACAUGCACCAGAUCUUAAAGUGUUUAAUUAUAAUGGUACAAGGACUUCAAAGCGAAGAGCCAAUGAUGAGACGCUUGAAGAACUGGCAAACAACGAUGUUGUGCUCACCACGUACAACGUUUUAGGGCGGGAAAUCCAUUACGCCAAGGAGAAGCCAGAUCGACAACUGCGCGAUCGAAAGAGGGAUGAGCCACCUAAGAGUCCUCUAACACAAAUAUCAUGGUGGCGUGUUUGUUUAGACGAAGCUCAAAUGAUUGAGUCUGGAGUGAGCCAAGCGGCCCAAGUUGCUCGCUUGAUUCCACGAGUGAAUGCCUGGGCAGUUUCUGGUACUCCUCUGCGAACUGGUCACAAGGACUUGUACGGGCUAUUCCUCUUUCUUCGCUUCGAACCGUUCUGUCAAUCUUUGCCCAUCUGGAAUAGACUCCUCGAUUACUAUAGGUCGUUAUUCAAGCACUUGCUAGGCAACCAUGCUAUCCGUCACAGUAAGAAUCUCGUUCGGGGAGAACUUCGACUCCCGCCACAGACACGGCAUACAAUCACUGUUCCCUUCACCGCAAUCGAAGAACAACACUACAAUCAAUUAUUCCAGGAGAUGUGUGAAGACGUUGGGCUAGACAGAUUUGGUGGACCUCUGAAUGCUGAGUGGGAUCCGAGUGCUCCUCAAACCAUUGAAAAAAUGAGGUCUUGGUUGAACCGCCUCCGUCAGACAUGUCUUCACCCGGAGGUUGGAGGUCGAAACAGGCGUGCUCUUGGCAGAACUGGUGGACCACUCAGAUCGGUGAUGCAAGUUUUGGACAUCAUGAUAGAUCAGAAUGAAGCUGCUAUACGUGCUGAACAGCGGCUUUGUUUUUUAUCACAACUCCAUCGGGGUCAGAUGCUCGAGCAUACAAAGGACACCGAAGGCGCAAUCAAACUGUGGACGGCUGUUUAUGAGGAGGUCAAAAACAUUGUGACAGAGUGCCGAGAUUUAGUGGCGAGGGAAAGCAAGUCGAGCCAAAUAAGGGACAACUCUUCCAACCCGUCCGCUGAUGAGGGUGAAGCCGAAGAAGAUUCUGACUCACGUCUCGGAGCAUAUAAACAACGCCUUCGUGCUGCGCUAGAGGUGCAACAUAUGUCGAUCUUCUUCCUCGGCAAUGGGUAUUUCCAGAUGAAGACCAAAGAUGAUGUAAAGCCUGAUGGGGAUAUCUCCAAGUACUGGGAACGACGAGAAGAAGCGGCAUUUGGAGAAGCGAAACAGAUUCGUGCUGAAUUGCUUUCUGAUAUUCUUAAAAAGGUCGGCCGCCUGAUGGAUGUUGUCAGCCAGAAGACGAAAGCCUCCUCGUUGGCUAAAAUACCCCACAUGCACAUUGAAGUCGAAGAUGGCGGUAUCGAGAGCAGAAAGAUUUUCGAGAAGCUACAUUAUUUCUGUGAAGCCAUGAACGAUCAAGCUCAGCAGUAUACGGAAUGGCGUGAUCAGAUGGCAAAAUUCCUACAGCAGCCUUUGAUUGAUACUGAAGAUGGUAUUAUUGAGCUCUCUGGCGAAGAAUACGAGGCUUCCACCAAGCACCAAGACGAGAUGUAUGUUUAUAUGGAAGCGCUUCGCGCAAUGUUCGCAGACCGCAAUGACGCCUUGACCGGACAGUCCAAUUUCCUGAUCAUUCGUGAUAUGAAGGCGGCGCACCAGCUAGCCAAGAAAGGUGAGGGACCGGCGCCGCAGCUGUUCCUCGAAGUCCUUGCUUUACGAGAGAAAUUCCGCAUUCCCAGCGAGCUUGGAUCGUUGCGUGGUAUCAUCUCUGAAAUACGACAGUUGAUGACAGCGUUGGAGUGCCAAGUGGCGAGUGGCAGAGAUCGAGCCAGGGCGGAGCUUUCCAUUGUUUCUGAUGUCCUGAAAGCUGCCCAAGCCAUGUCAAGCGCACAGCAAAAGGUUGUGACAGGGGGGCUUGAGAGAGAGAUCGAUCUAUUUCGAGACACUAUGAACAAUCGACUUGAGUACUAUCGCGGUCUGCAGAAGAUUUCCGAUACUGUCGCGGCAUAUGAACCCGUUGACCAUGAGCCCGGAGAUCCCGUCAAUUUUGUAGAAUUUGCGCGCUGCAUUGAGAAUGAGCAGCGCAAAGAGGCCAAGAUAUCUACGCUGUUGGCCAAGCAUCGCUAUCUGGCUCAUCUCAAGGCUGAGCAGAGUGCUUCAGGUGUGCAGCGUCUCUGUGUUAUAUGUCAAUCCACUUUCGAGCAGGGUACUUUGACUGUGUGUGGCCAUGUUUAUUGCCGUGAGUGCAUCCUGCUCUGGUGGAACCAUCAUCGAUCGUGUCCGACCUGCAAGAAGCAGCUCAAGUCGACCGAUUUCCAUGAUAUCACAUACAAGCCGCAGGACCUGGUCGUCCAGAAAGAGGCAGAACCUGACACCGUGUCGCCCACAAGAUCAAUGAGCACCGAGUCGUCAACGUCAGAGCAGCGCCCUGCAGCAAACACGAUUUAUUCGGACAUUAGUGCUUCAACACUGAAUCAAAUCAAGAAUAUUGAUCUACGGCAAGGUGCCUACUUUGGGACCAAAGUCGACACAAUGUGCAGGCAUGUUCUCUGGCUGCGCGACCACGACCCGGGAUGCAAAGCCAUCUUCUUCUCUCAGUAUCGGGAAUUCCUUGAUGUCCUAGGGGCGGCUAUGACGAAAAAUCAAAUCACCUUUUCACGUGUUGAUGGUAAGAACGGGAUCGAGAACUUCAAGAAGAAUGCAAACGUCGAGUGCUUCCUACUGCAUGCCAAAGCUCAUUCGGCUGGUCUCAACCUCGUGAAUGCAAACCACGUCUUCUUAUGCGAGCCUCUGAUCAACACUGCUCUUGAGCUGCAAGCCAUUGCACGUGUCCACCGUAUUGGUCAGCAGCGAGAGACGACAGUGUGGAUGUACCUUGUUGCAGAUACCGUUGAGGAAUCAAUUUACGAGAUAUCUGUGACUCGGCGACUGGCACAUCUCAAACGUAGAGUACGCAACUCCGCUACGGCUUCACGGUCAGGGACCACCACACCCACAGAGGCCGGAGUCACUGAGGGUGCUAUUGAUGCUGCAAACUCACUGGAAUUACAAUCAGUCGAUCUCACUAGACUGCUCACUUCUGGCAAAAGUGGCGGAGAGGUCGUUGGCCCUGACGAUCUAUGGCAAUCCCUAUUUGGAAAGGCUGAGCGAAAAGGUCAAGGACUUUCCGCCGCAUUGGGCGAGGCAGAUAGUGAGGCUGGCCGGUUUUUGAGAGCAGAGGCAGCGGAGGAGCGGCUUAGAGCUUAG